GAUCUCCUGCCAAACGCACCCCCAAGCCCAACUACCUAAAACAUCCAGCCAAAAUACACCGCUAGAGAAAAACACGGCCAGAAGAAACCAAAUCGGAGAUGCAUCCCCUCACCUUCCUCCUCCUCGCCGGCGCCGCCGCCGUCGCUGCCGCGAAACCGACUGCCUACGAGGCGCUCGCGACCUUCGACUUCCCCCCGGGCAUCAUCCCCAAGGGGGUCGUCUCCUACACCCUCGACGAGUCCACCGGCGACUUCACGGCCCACCUAAACACCUCCAAAACCUGCGAGUUCUCCAUCCAGGGCUCCUACUCGCUCCGCUACCAGCCCACCAUCAGCGGCCGCAUCUCCGUCGACCGCCUCAGCAACCUCCAGGGCGUCUCCGUCAAGGUCCUCUUCUUCUGGCUCAACAUCAUCGAGGUCACCCGCAGCGGCGACAACCUCGGCUUCUCCGUCGGCAUAGCCUCCGCGGACUUCGGCCUCGACAAUUUCCUCGAAAGCCCCACCUGCGGAUGCGGCUUCGACUGCAACCACGUCCUGCUAGAGCAGCAGCAGCCCGCAGAAGAGUCGUACCUGCGCCUGCGAGGUGCGUUCUAGAAUCCCAUCUAGUUGCUGGGAGAAAACUCGCUUCGUAAUUCAGCUACUCGUUGGAUGGAUUAUCUUGCUCUUGUUUUUGCAAGAAACCAAGGGGUUAGUAGUACUUUUUAGUGCUCUUUCAGAUGCGCCAACAAGUUCAGAACUCAGUUUCGUACGAGUGGGUCAGUGUUGUACCGUUUCAGAAAGUUUAGAGAAGAACACUUAAGAUCAAUAAAGGUUUCAAAUUUCUAAAUA